AUGACCCAAGCUGACUCUCGAGCGUGCUACCGCCGGUGUUCUCCUCUUGCUACCCCGAAUUUCUCGAUAAAGAUCUCGACCUUCCUCGCCGCGCUACUGGCACAGGAUACUGGAGGCUCCUCGAAUAUUACCCUCCCUUCUGAUGCUCCUCAAAAAUAUUAUUCUUCUGGCUUCGUCGGGCCUGUACCUCCAAGGAUACAGUCUGAAUUCCGCGCGAACUAUAUGCAGCAUAAAUUCGAUGUGAACGUCAGCAAUAUCGUCAGCGGAUAUAUAUACGUCAGUCCUGGCCAGCAGAAAGUCCGAGCAGACGGGGCAAGUGAUGGUAUGCUCGAAGUCAGUAUAUUUGAUUUCAAGAACACUUCUGCCGCUUCAAAUGGCAGCGAGGUAUCCAACAUAAUCCUGUCUUACGUGGGACCAGCGACGCAACCGCAGUGCUCGUCUUUUUUCGUCGCUCCUUUCAUUCACGCCGUUCCAGAGGAUUUCUUGAUCCAGUCCAACGCGGUCUAUUCGGGCGUACGGCACGACGAGUUAUAUGGACCAGUAAACGCUUGGUCUCUCCUUGCUGAAGGUCUCAUCGUCACAAUUUUCCUCGACGAGAAAGGCACCUUCGUCAGAUACGAUUUUGCCGCUCCGAACACGCUUCGGACGUUCACCACAACACGCUUUUUCAACAUCAUUCCAGGUCCGAUUGAUUCGAGUGUUUUCGAGACGUCCUGCACGCUAGGAUAA